UCAUUACAAUUAUAGAGUUCAGUGGGUUAAUUUGCUACCUUAAUUAUUGAAAAAAAUCGUCAGUGGAAGAGCAGGAAUCAUAAUUUUGUCCAAAUAACCAGUUGUAUUGAUCUGUAAGUGAUAUACUGGUAUACAGCACAUAUUUUGUAACAAGUAACAAUGGCUUCUUCAAGUAAGCAGCCUGAGGACCACCGUCGCAAGUGGGACCGUGACGAGUAUGAGGCGAUUGCGGCGCGCCGGCUGCAGGAGGAGGAGGCCAAGCGCGAGGCGGCCGACCAGAAGGGGCCGCCCGUGCAGCGCGAGCUGCUCCGCCAGCGCGAGUACAAGGUCGACCUGGACAGUCGGCUCGGCAAGAGCGUGGUCAUCACCAAGACCACUCCGGCCGCCCAGUCCGGCGGGUACUAUUGCAACGUGUGCGAUUGCGUAGUCAAGGACUCCAUCAACUUCCUUGAUCACAUCAAUGGAAAGAAACAUCAGCGCAAUCUGGGUAUGUCGAUGCGAGUGGAACGGUCCUCACUAGAUCAAGUCAAAAAGAGAUUCGAGAUGAACAAGCGGAAACGCGAAGAGCAGAAGAAAGAAUACGACAUGGAGGAGCGAUUGAACGAAAUCAGAGAAGAGGAGGAGAAGCAGAAGGAGUACCGACGCGACCGGCGGAAGGACAAGAAGAGGAAGACGGCUGACCCGGUGGACGACGAGCCCGUCGACCCGGCGCUGGCCGCCAUGAUGGGAUUCUCCGGGUUCGGCGGCGCCAAGAAAAAGUGAUCGGCUCUGACGAAGGUCAGUGUACACUACCCUGGAGCGACCCCCGUGACCCGAGUCUACCAUGGCCGUCCAUUAGCCGCCAUGGGACUGACCAUGCAGUAAAAAGAUUGCUGCAAACGGGCCGAGCGGCUUGUCACAGACUUCGCACCGUCCGAACUUGUGAGUGUGAAGUACUUUCUUCACCGGGCGUGAAGAACUUUCUUCACGUCAUGACCUAUUCUGAGGUUAGGCGUGUUGCACCUCUGGGGGCAGCCGAACAAGGCUGAAACUCUUCCUCGGGGGACUAAGUGACGUAACACAUAGACGCCUCACGUUUGACGUUUGCCGAUGCUGUGUGGUCACUGUGGUGAGUACAAGCCUGUCGAUGGGGUGAGGGGGUGAGAGGGUGAGAGGAGGCAGGUCUGGUGUAAACGCUCACUGUGGCUCGGUAUUUAUAGGAGCCGCCGAACGCAUUCUCAUGCAUGUGUGCGACGGGGGCUCAGCGGGUGUGUCCUCUGCGUAAGAUAUCUGAAUGUCGCGGGGCUGGCUGAGGCGUGGUCACACGUGUGGAUGUGUGCCGACGCCUGGAUGUGUUUCGUGUCUGCAGGCGGCACCUGGUGAACGUAGAGCUGGAUCGUUUAUGGACAAUUUCCAUGUAACAAUGUAACUGACAUCCCUGUGUGCAAAACGAUUUGGUCCCACCCGGUUAUCUUUGUUGGCUCGUGUUCAUAUGUGUACUUAACUGCUGCGCUCUUUUGUGGAAAAAUAUGCCUUGAGAUGG